AUGGCCGGAUUGACCUCGGAGGUGAUGGACUUGCGCCUGCAGCAUGCGCAAGAGACGACCGUGGCAACUUUGACAAGUUCAAGCCCGAUGGAUAAUGAGACGAGUUGCGGCGAGUACAUCCUGAACUACGGGCGCGUGGAAAAGAUGGUGAUUGGUUUAAUUUUGACGUUGCUCACUUUUCUAACCAUAUGUGGGAAUUUACUGGUGGUCAUGUCUGUGUGUUUCGUAAAGAAGCUUAAACAGCCCUCUAAUUACCUUAUCGUGUCUCUGGCCAUCGCGGACCUGUCAGUUGCCGUGGCUGUGAUGCCGUUUGUCAGCAUUACCGACCUAAUUGGUGGUCAGUGGAUUUUUGGCCGGGUCUUCUGCAAUGUGUUUAUAGCCAUGGACGUGAUGUGUUGCACCGCAUCAAUCAUGACGCUCUGUGUGAUCAGCAUUGAUCGAUACAUGGGUAUAACCAAGCCAUUAACGUAUCCCGUUCGUCAAAAUGGAAGGUGCAUGGCCAAGAUGGUGUUUUCUGUAUGGCUCCUCUCCGCGUCAAUCACUCUCCCCCCUCUGUUCGGCUGGGCCCAGAACGUCAACGACGGCCACGUGUGCCUGAUCAGCCAGGACCUGGGCUACACCGUCUACUCCACGGCUGUGGCCUUCUACAUCCCCAUGUCCGUGAUGCUCUACAUGUACUACCGCAUCUACCGCGCGGCCAAGGUCAGCGCCGCCAAGCACACCAUCGCCGGGUUCCCGCGCGCGGCGUCUGCGGCAGCGGCCAGGCCCAGGGCGGGCGAGGACAAGGAGGAGGACGAGGAGGAGGGGGGGAGGGACGGCACGGGCGGCGGCGGCCGGCGCUCGGGGAUGAUGGGCGCGGAGUGCGCGGCGGCCGCCCUCAAGCUCCAGCGCGAGGCGGAGGAGUGCGCCAGCUUCUCGCGCCUGCUCCGCAGCGACCGCAAGACGCUGUCCAUCUUCCGGCGCGAGCAGAAGGCGGCGGCCACGCUGGGCGUGGUGGUGGGCGCCUUCAGCGUCUGCUGGCUGCCCUUCUUCCUGCUGUCCACAGCGCGGCCGUUCGUCUGCGGCGUGGAGUGCAGCUGCGUGCCGCUGUGGCUGGAGCGGACGUUUCUGUGGCUGGGCUACACCAACUCGCUGGUCAACCCCUUCAUCUACGCCUUCUUCAACCGUGACCUGCGCACCACCUACAACAACCUCAUCCGCUGCCGCUACCGCAACAUCAACCGCAAGCUGUCCGCCGCCAGCAUGCACGAGGCCCUCAAGCUGACGGAGAAGCCCCAACAUGGUGCAUUAGUCGCUGGGUCAGGUCAGGCUGGCAGGACCCUGCUGUAA